UGGCACCCACUUCAUUUAUGAGAACUUUAUUUUCGGAGGUCUGGGCUCGACCAAUGUUCCCAUCAACAGGAAGAAAACUCUGAAGCUGAAUUUCUGCUGUAUAUACCCCCAAACCCUAACAGUUUCUAUGAAUAUGGAAAUCAAUCCACUGGAGAGCAUUGUCCACAAGACGCUUCCUGCGGGUCAAGGGAGAUAUCAGGUCAGGAUGGUCCCAUAUCAGGAUGCUGAGUUUUCCCAGCCCUUUAAUGGCAGUGUGAAUGUGGAGAUGAACCAGCAGAUGUUUGUGGAAGCUCGUGUUAAGGGGGCUGACAGCCGUCAGUUUGCCACAGUGAUUGACACGUGUUGGGCGACACCUGAGAACAAUCCUCAUCACUCCGUCCGCUGGGACCUCAUCAGUGGAGAGUGUCCCAAUCCAAAUGACGACACGGUUGAGCUUCUGCAGAAUGGAGUCUCCACGUCCAGCCGGUUCUCCUUCAGGAUGUUCGUCUUCACUGCAAACGCCCCGAAGGUCUUCCUGCACUGUACGGUUCACCUCUGCCUUCUGGCAGGGAAUCACUGCUCAACUGUGAGUUUACAAAACCUCUCAAAACUCAUUCUGUUCUGA